GUCGUCUAUGAUAUUCAUAGUCCAGUCGGGGAGUCAUGUACCUAAGACUGAUGAAUAUUUGUUUUGAAAAAAUGAAACUGAGACACCACAUAACUUUCGACAGUGGUAGAGAACGGGUAUGACGCAAACUAUGGACAGCGAUAGAACACAGAUAUCUGGGACCAUCAUGUAUCUGCGCAUAAGGAGUCUCGUUUUUCUGCUUGCCUUGUCCCACUUUCAUCUAGCUACAAGUAUUUUUUUUCACUUCAAUGCAAUGCAGAAUGUGAGCGAAUCGGAAAGCUUCAUGUUGUAUUCGCAUAGUGUUAUUUACGGUAGGAAGAAUGUAGUAAAAGGUGACCUUGGUGUUAACGCAAGCUAUUACGAAAACCUCACUCGGUAUUUCACGUUGGAUGAACGUUGUAAUGGCGGUAUGCCUCUAACCAUGGCUAUAUUUCCGCUAUCACCGUAUGCGGAACACUCUGCUCCGAAAUUUAACACUACUAAAACUCAUUCAGUGAAGAUGGUGUUUUGGGGCCUGUUCUUGGAACUUCUGAAGAAAAUAAUCCCUCAUUGCUGUCAUCGUAAUUCCACUGUGGAGUUCGCCAAAGUUCUUUUGAAUCAAUUUGUGUCAGACGAACCAGCUGAGGACUUUGAUUUCACAUUUCCACUCUAUGGUGAAACGAUGCAGGACAAAAUGUACAAGCAAAAUCCAUUUGUUCCAGUGAUCGCGGCACCCAGCGUCGCUUUGCUUGUUCGCCGAGACUCGGGGCUAGACGGAAAGACUCGGGUGAUCGCCACCCAGAUCCUAAAAUCCGUGCUCAUCUUUCCAUUCAUCAUAAUGCUCGCAAUAUUGGCUGGAAUCAUUAUAUGGCUUUUGGAUCGCUAUAAAAAUACCGAAGAGUUCCCCAACUCGUUUUUGCGAGGAGUCUGGGAAGGUUUUUGGUGGGCUUUUAUCACUAUGACGACUGUUGGAUAUGGGGAUCGAACACCAAAAUCUUUCUUCGGUCGACUCUUUUGUGUUUUGUGGAUUUUGUUCGGUCUCGUCAUUCUGUCCGUUUUAUCUGGUGUUAUGACCGCUGGUCUUACCGCAAGCACGAAGACUCAAUUCAAGAUUCACGGAGCGAAGAUUGGAGCCGUUUCAGAAAGCAAAGAAUAUCUACUUGGAAUUAGUUUGAAUGCUCAAGUAAUCGGGGUUUCUUCUGUGCUCAGUUUGUUAUGGGAGGUCCACGGAAGAAAACAAUAUGGUAUGCUGAUAGAUAACUAUGUCACGAUGAAAUACGGUAAAAAUUUGGAAAAGGCCAAUGUUCGUGUCGACCGUAUGAUUAACCAUGCCAUCACGUACGGCAUAAGAAUGGCGAAUGGAUCAAAACAACUUGAACGGUGUGCGAGGACGUAUAUCCGUGAUAACCCUCAGGUCGUCUUCAAGCUACUCACGAAGAAUGUCUCCCCAGUGAGAAAUAAGAACGAUCGCGAAAAUCUUCGAAAAAAAGAAGCGGACAAAUUAUUUAGACAAGAUUCUACAAUGAAGGAAAUGCUUCGCAUUGGUGCCUACGUCGUUUCAGGAGUGAUAUUUUUCGGCGUUACCGUCCAAGUAAUCAUGUAUGUUCGAACGUUAAGAAAAGAGGGAAGGAAACAGCGACGGCAGUACUCUCAAAGUGAGCUAAGCGUACACGGUGGCUCUUUUGAAGAUUUCAACGAGUCUCUGAAAGAGAUGAUCGAGCAAUACAAGAAUUUUCAACAAAAAUGGAUGAAAAAACUGAAGGAAAUAGGCGAGGAAUGAUACCACAGGAUCUCACAAUAAUAGUCACAAUAUAAUAGCAACUGGUAAAGUGGAUUUUUAUGUAAAUAACGAGAGCAAUCUGUUUAGCCACACCUGUCGCUUUGAGCGGAUCUCUUUUCUGGCGCUUCGCUAAACUGCCCUCUAGCUACUUAAUGACUGAACUAAUUCUUUUAUGGUAGUCAUCUUCAUGUAUCUCGUUUCUCAAUACUCCCAGGCUCAAACUAAUUACUUUAUUAUGGUCUAAUAGUAUAGCCGAGAAAUUAUUAAAUGAUGGAUAAUCAAA